UAGUAAGAAUAUGGAUGGAGCGUCAUUUUUUCUAAACAAAUUUUAAACGUAAAUAAGUUAAAAAUUGGCAUUAAAUCGUGUACAUUUUUCUACUGAUUUUGUGAGCAAUAAGGAUUAUAUGAAGUGAUAACAAAGAAGCGCUUAAAAUCAAUAAAAUAUAUCUUGGAGUAAAAUGUUUAUGGCGAAUUUUUGAAAAAAAAAAAAAUAAGUGUGUAUAGCAUUUUUUUUUUCUUCUUGUAAAUGUUGGUAUAUUGAAAAAAAAUCGUUUAUAUACAACAAUGCAUAAACAUUAUUAAAGAAUUUUUUUUAAAUAAUUAAUUCCUUGGGAAGGUGGUAAAAUUUUUGAAAAACUAUAUAGAAAAGAAAGAAACGCAUUAUAUACUUUAAAAGAAAGAAAAAUUGCAACAGUGUUAGUGCAUUCUCCCGAAAAAAGGAAAAAAAAAGAAAGAAAAAUCCCCCUAUUAUAAAAAUUAAUUAAUUAGGAGACUUCCAAAACAAAAACAAAAAUGUCUGAUCAGCACCGUGGAGGUGCAUGGGGAGCUAGAGAGGAUGCCGUAUGGUGGCCAGGAACGAUCACAGCUGAUCAGAAUAAUUUACAUCAUCAACAAAUUAUUAAUCAGCAUCAUCAACAAAAUCAUAUGCAGCAACAACAACAGCAGCAAAUACAUCAAGUUGUAGUUCAACAGACUCAAGCAUUAAAUGAUGCUGUUAGAAAUAAUAGUACGACUUCCAGUGUAGCUUCUCAACAGCUUUUUUCAUAUAAAAUGGCCAGCAGUUUCCCAUCAACUAACGUAGCUACGUCAAAUGCUGCAUAUGAUUAUCGUUUAGGAAUGGGAGCAACACAAGGUAUGAAUGUCACUUCUUCGCCAGGAACACAAUGGUGGUAUACUGCAGCUGGUCAAAAUGCCCUAGAAAAUUUACAACAAGCUCAACAGCAACAGCAGCAGCAGCAGCAACAACAAGCUCAACAGCAACAACAACAACAACAACAACAUCAGCAGCAAGUAAAUCAACAGACACAAUCUCAGCAGCAUCAAUCUCAAAACUUACAUAAUGUACAUUCAAGCCCAGCUUCGAAUCAAACUCACGUACAACAAAAUGUAAAUCAGAAUCAGAAUAAUCAGAUUGCCGCAAAAAUGAAUCGAGGAAAGGCUCAGGAUGCAAAGCCCCGUGGACGAAUGACUGCAUAUGCUUUCUUUGUUCAAACAUGUCGUGAGGAGCAUAAAAAAAAGCACCCUGAAGAAUCUGUAAUAUUCGCAGAGUUUUCAAGGAAGUGUGCUGAACGAUGGAAGACAAUGCUUGAUAAAGAAAAGAAACGCUUCCAUGAAAUGGCAGAAAAAGACAAGCAAAGGUAUGACAUGGAAAUGUCAAAUUAUGUUCCUCCAAAAGGAGUUGUAGUUGGACGUGGUAAAAAACGGAAACAUCAAAAGGAUCCAAAUGCUCCUAAAAGAUCACUUUCAGCAUUCUUUUGGUUUUGUCAUGAUGAACGGAAUAAAGUUAAGGCACUUAAUCCCGAAUAUGGUGUAGGAGAUAUUGCUAAGGAACUUGGACGUAAAUGGUCUGAUUGUGAUCCCGAAACUAAAAGCAAAUACGAGGCUAUGGCUGAUAAAGAUAAACAGAGAUAUGAAAAGGAAAUGACGGAUUAUAAGUUAAAGUGUAGAAAUAUACAACAAGGUAUUCCACCUCCGAAUCACAUACCACAACAGCAGGUGAAUUCUCAAAUACAUCAUGAUGAUGAGGAUUCAGGUGAUGAGGAUGGGGAUGGAGGUGGUGAGGAUUAGAAAUAUGACGCGUUCAUGAUAAAGAGAUUCUAAGGUUUGAAAUUUUAUAAAAAGAACUAGACAGUAAACUGUAAGUUAAAAUUUCUUUGAUUAUGAUAAUAAUAUUAGAUUGGUAAUUUUGUCUCUCAGUAUAAGCUUUUUAACUUCGACUACAGAACGCAGUAAGUGAAAAAUAAUUAAAUAAUAAAAAAAAAGAAAACAUAAUAACACUUGUAGUCAACUACUGUAAGUAUUUUAAAGGCAAUAUAGUAGUUGAGUAACGUGAAUAACGAUGAACACUUCGUGAUUUAUGAACGUGUAAUUAUAAUGAAAUUAAUUAAAAAAGAAUAUUUUUAUUGUUUGAUUUUUUGUCUCCUAAACGAAGAAAUUUUAUAUUAAAUAAGAAUAAAAAAGAAUAUAGAACGAAAAAAAUGGAGUUGAUUGAAUGGAUGGAAGACGCUUUCAUAUGAGAAAUUCAAUGCAUAAUUCGAUAGUUAACAAAUACCUACAUUAUCUGUUUUCAUAAGAAAUUAAAUUGAGAAAAAUAAAAUUGUACAUGUGAAUUAUCAUAAACUGAACACAUAAUGUUAUGAAAGUGAUAUCCAUUCAUUUUGAUAUUUUCCAUAACCUUCUCUACGUAUCAAACCUAAAUGAAUCUGUCAUCUUUUUAUAAUAAUAAAAUGAUAAUACUCGGUUUUUAAAACCGACACAGUACAAAAUAAUGAGAA